UUGGGCUCCCCAAUGUACUUCUUCCUUGCUUAUCUGUCAAUCAUGGAUGCUGUUUAUUCCACUUCCACAUCACCCAAGUUGAUUAUGGACUUACUCUCUGACAGAAAGACUAUCUCAUUCACAGCUUGCAUGGGCCAACUCUUUACUGAGCACUUAUUUGGUGGUGCUGAGGUCUUCCUACUGGUGGUGAUGGCCUAUGAUCGGUAUGUGGCCAUCUGUAAGCCUCUUCACUAUUUGACCAUCAUGAAUCGGCAAAUUUGCAUCCUUCUGUUGGCAAUAGCCUGGGUUGGUGGCUUUGUACAUUCUGUGAUUCAACUUGCUUUUGUGUCUACUCUCCCUUUCUGUGGACCCAAUGUCAUUGACCACUUUAUCUGUGACAUGUACCCACUCUUGACACUUGCAUGCAGUGACACUUACUUCAUUGGUCUUACUGUGGUUGCGAAUGGUGGAGCAAUCUGUAUGGUCAUUUUUAUUCUUCUCCUAAUCUCCUAUGUAUUCAUCCUAAACUCUCUUAAAAACUAUAGUCAAGAAGGGAGACGGAAAGCCUUGUCCACCUGCAGCUCCCACAUCACUGUGGUUGUGNGAUUCCCCGUGUUUUGUAUUAUACCUGUUUCCAUCUUUCCCAAUGAUAAAUCCAUAAGUGAAGAUUUUAGAGCUAUCAAACCCAUGUUUAAUCUUUUAAUAUGCACCUUGAGAAAUUUAGAGAUAAAAAUGUUACAAGAGAAUUCUGGUGUUAAAAAGUAA